AUGAGCACACCAAUCUCAGAAACCUCAGAGAAGAACUGGGAUGUAGAUCGGGCGAUGCAAAGUGAUGGUGAACCGAGGCGUCACGAUCAAGUAAGGGAAGCGUUUAGAAGCUUAUCUACAUCAGCCAAUUGGAUGGAUUGGUUCAAGUUUGGACCAGUUGGUUGGAGAUUCAACCCUAGUGACAUAGAAUUGCUCGAUUACUAUUUACGUGCAAGAAAAUAUGGUGGUGGUGCAAUUUGUGAAGGUAUUUUUGGUGACUUUGAUCUCUAUAAAUAUGAUCCUCAAAACUUACCACAAGAUAAAGUGCAUCGCCAUUGUAAUGGCAGGAUGUAUAUUUUUACUCCUAUUUACAAACUCCAUAUAAAUGGAGCAAGGAAGGGUAAACGAAACACCCCGAAUGGACAUUGGAAGAUGAAUUCAUCUCCCAUUCCCAUUAUCGAAAAUAACGAUGGACAAACAAUUGGUACCAGGUCAUCUCUUGUCUUCUUCGAUAAGGAUAAAAGGAAGACACGUUGGCUUAUGUAUGAAUUCAGGCUUGUAGAUCCUCCCACACAAACCAUUGAAAAUGAAGGCAUGUUGGACCACUGUGUGCUAGCAGUGGUUUAUAGGUCCAAAGAGGAUAGACUGGAUACUGCUACCAGUAAAAACAGAUGGUCACAUGAUUAUGUGGCACACACUAUAGGUUUUGAUGAAUUUAACUCAGAACCAAAACGUUGCCACGAUCAAGUUCUGUCCGAUAACAAGGAAAUCCAUUCCAUGGAGCAGAGCCAUAGAAAGCGUAAAUAUGCUCAAGAUAUUGGUGGGACUUCAACUUCAAAUAGUAAUUCAAUCACAAAUUUUUCCUAG